AUGGGCGGUCGUUUAUCGCAGUUAUUUGGACGUCGGUUUCCUAAAGCUGAACCGGAAUUGCGUGUUGGUAUGUUAGGUCUAGAUAGUGCCGGAAAAACAACUAUACUUUAUCAGCUGAAAUUGGAACGUAAUGUAGAUCCACUACCCACUGUUGGCUUCAAUGUGGAAAACGUGCGUUGCGGUAAAAUGUUGCUAAAUAUUUGGGAUGUUAGCGGUGCUCACCCGAGUACACGUACACUUUGGCAGAAUUACAAUCAAAAUACGCGUGCCAUUAUCUUUGUAAUUGAUGCGACAGAUGUACGCCGGUUGCCACGCGCCAUAGAUGAGUUACGUUGGUUGUGGUGUCGCCCGGAGCUGGCCGAAGCAGUUUUUCUUUUAUUUGCUAAUAAACAGGAUUUGCCGGGCGCAUUAGGUGCUGAACAAUUGGUGGCAUUAUUGCAGUUGCGGACACUAUCACAGCAAUGGGCCAUUCAAGAAUGCUGCGCCAUAAAUAGUACGGGACUGUCUGAAGGAUUGCAACAGUUGCAACAAAUGCUGUCAAGCACGCGCAAUAAGCGUCUCAGUGCAACAUUUUCAAUUAAAUAGUACUAAAUAUUUGUGUAAAAAAGUUAACUGAAUGUAGCUGUUUUUGCUUUAA